AUGCAAGUAGCGACAAAUUACGCUAAAAAGAAAGUACUCGGACAAGCAGCAAAUAGGAUCCACAGCAACAAGCCUUCAUUUGAAACAGAUCCUGAAGUCUUGGCUGCUGCUCAAGAUAUUGCUUCAAAAAAGAAGCAACAUUGGUAUAGCAAAAAAGUAGUUGCUACUCCUGACUUGAUUUUGAAUGAACGAGACAGAAAACUGCUAUACAAAGUCAAAAACCGUGCCUGGUAUCUCGAUAAAGGAGUUCAUUGUUGCUGCUUUAAUGUUGGUUUAGAUGGCCUUGUAGGCUUGAUUCCCGGUAUUGGUGACUUCAUUGGUGUUUAUUUCUCACUUCAGUUAAUUAGAACAGCGUGUAAAGCUGAUCUACCAAAGUGGUUGAUUGGGAAAAUGAUGGCAAACGUCAUGCUUGAUUUUAUGGUUGGUUUAACGCCUAUUGCUGGUGAUAUUUUGGACAUUUUAUUUAAAUGUAACUGGAGAAAUGCAAUGCUUUUUGAGGAAUACUUGAUUACGAGACGAAUGGACGAAAUACGAGUUGAAAAAGGACUUGAUGUUACACUAAACGAUGAUCACUCAGUUACGCUUGAAGGUGAAGGGCCUUCUUCGACUGGUAACACCAGCCAUCCGGCACCGCCUAAAAGCAGUAAACUAGCACUACAUCAUCAUGACAAUACCAUAUCUCCUAUACAUCAUGACGAGCCAGGCCAUGAUACAUUGAAUACAAAUGCUAAUACAGAACCAGACAAGAAAAAGAACAAAUAUGGUACCUUUUUCAAGUGGUGA